AUGGACCAGAAGAAGACGGACCUGGUGCUGGAGGACAUGGGACAGGACGAGGACCAGGAGGUCAGAGAUGAGUCACAGAAGAAAGAGGAUCUGACCGGAGAUGCUGAGGUGACCAAAGUGGACCAGAUCCCUCCAGUGAUGGACGACAUCCAGAAGGAGGCUGGAGAGGCGGUUCUGGCUCACAUGGAGGACAGACUGCAGCAGAACCGACUGGAGGCGGCCCGCGUCGCGGAGGAGUUGGCCAGGAAAGCAGCGGAGGAGGCGGUCCGCCAGCUAGAGGUGGAGCAUUCAGCUAAGAUCGUCAUGGAAACGCUGCCAGAGACCAAUGAGCAACUGCCCAACAUCCUGGAGGAGGAAAACGAAGACGAUCCAGAGAGCCUGAUGGACGUCUGUCCAGAUGAAGACGGUGCCACUCCUUCAUCAACUCAUGUGGAGCCAGCAUCGGAGAGGAGAGACCUGGAGAGUCCAGACUCCCAAACCAUCACCCAACAACCAGACUUCAUCCUCUUUAUCUUCAUCAGCUUCUUCAUCUUCUUCAUCUUCAACAUCUUCAUCAGGUUCAUCCUCUUCAUCAUCUUCAUCAGCUUCAUCAGCUUAAUCCUCUUCAUCAGCUUCAUCAGCUUCAUCAUCUUCAUUAUCAUCAUUGUUACAACUCGGCUCUCAGGCUGCAACAUGAAGGAGACCAGACGGGGUAAAUCUAAUAAAGUCCAGAUCCCAGUUCAGGUUAAUGAAGCAGAAGGUGGAUGUGGAGUUCCCGACAUUUGUUCUCCGGUAAAGAGCUUUCUGCUUCGAUUCCCACGCGCUGCUGAGUGUCUGGAGAGCUGCAGGAAGCUGAUGCAUGACCAUAACCUCGCUCCUCCCAAGCUGAGUCCGCCGCCGGAGCUCACCCAGCUGACCCAGGAGCUGUCGCUGCUCCCCAAGCAGGCGCGGCGGUGCUGCCCGGGAGAAGAUGUUUCCUCUAGUCCAACAGAUGUUCUGCUCUGUCCCUCAGGGAGCCGUGGUGGAGGGGUGGGUGGAGCUCCACAGCUGAGGGUGGAGGAUGUGGAUCCGGAUGUGGUCCAGGAUGUGGAUCAGGGAAAAGGCCUCAACAUCCCUAAAAUCAUCACCACCCCAGAACCAGGGUUCAGCACUCUGAGCGCCUUGCCGUCAAAGCUCAGUGCUGCAGGUGAUCCGUCUGUUGAUGAGGAUGAUGAUGAACUGUCAAGGACCGGUCUGAAGACCUGGUCCCGCCAGGGAGACCUGCUGUCUGCAGACGAUGAGAUGCGUCCUCUGUCUGCAGCCAGCGUCCACAGCGUGGUGGUCCAGGACCGACUGAGCGAGCUCGUCCGGCUGUUUAAAGGACGGACAGAGCGACAAAAAGACCGGCUGCUGGACCCGGACGAGUCUGAGGAGGAAAGUCCUUCAGCCUCACCGAUUAAAGCUCCUCCUCCUCCUCCUCCUCCUCCUCCUCCUCCUCCAGAAGAGAAGAAGGAUGACGUCCCAUCAGCACCAGAAGAUAAAGAUGAAGAGGAAGACAAGGAGUUUGUUCUCCCCUUUAAACUUUUGGGACGUCCAGUACCAAUUCCCAAACUGCCCCAGAUGCCAGACUGGGUUCGAGUCCUGAUGGAGUACCGGUUCCCCUCCAGCAUCGACCCGUUCACCGAUCUGAUCUACGUCAUCUGGCUCUUCUGUGUCGUGGCAGCGUGGAACUGGAACGUGUGGUUGAUCCCUGUCCGCUGGGCAUUCCCCUACCAAACCCCCGAGAACCUCCACCUGUGGCUGCUGAUGGACUACACCUGUGACCUCAUCUACAUCACCGACAUCCUGGUCUUCCAGCCAAGGCUGCAGUUCGUCCGUGGAGGAGACAUUGUGUGUGACAAAAAGGACAUGAGAGAAAACUACAUGACCACUGAGAGAUUCAAGAUGGAUGUCAUCAGCCUGUUCCCCAUGGAGAUACUCUACAUCUUCACUGGAGUGAACUCUCUGCUCAGAUUCCCUCGUCUGCUGAAGUACAUGGCUUUCUUUGAGUUCAACGACAGAAUGGAAGCUGUGAUGAAGAAAGCGUAUAUCUACAGGGUGAUCCGAACCUCCACCUACCUGCUGUACUCUCUGCACAUCAAUGCGUGUCUCUUCUACUGGGGAUCAGACUAUGAAGGACUGGGAUCCACCAAGUGGGUCUACAACGGGAAAGGAAACGCUUAUAUUCGUUGUUACUAUUUUGCCGUGAAGACGUUGAUCACCAUCGGAGGACUUCCAGACCCGACCACCGUCUUUGAGAUCUGCUUCCAGCUCAUCAACUACUUUGUUGGCGUCUUUGCCUUCUCUAUCAUGAUCGGUCAGAUGAGAGACGUGGUCGGAGCCGCCACAGCCGGGGAGAACUACUACCGGGCCUGCAUGGACAGCACCGUCAAGUACAUGAACUCCUACAACAUCCCCGGAGAGGUCCAGAACCGCAUCAAGACCUGGUACGACUACACCUGGAAGAUCCAGGGCAUGCUGGAUGAACAGGAGCUGCUGGUGCAGCUUCCUGCUAAGAUGAGGCUGGACAUGGCGGUGGACGUCAACUACUCCAUCGUCAGCAAAGUGGCCCUGUUUCAGGGCUGCGACAGACAGAUGGUGUUCGACCUGCUGACGAGGCUCAAGUCUGUGGUUUACCUGCCCGGAGACUUCGUCUGUAAGAAGGGGGAGAUCGGCAGAGAGAUGUACAUCAUCAAACAGGGGGAGGUUCAGGUGGUUGGAGGUCCAGACCUGCAGAUGGUCUUCGUCACCAUCAGAGCCGGCUCUGUGUUCGGGGAGAUCAGUUUGCUGGCGGGAGGCGGGGGGAACCGACGUACAGCCAACGUGAAGGCGCACGGUUUCGCCAACCUCUUCAUCCUGGAUAAGAAGGACCUGGCAGAGAUCCUGGUGCACUACCCAGAGUCCCAGAAACUCCUCCGCAAGAAAGCUAAGACGAUGUUGACGAAGGACGAGAAGCCAGAAGAGAAAGCCGGAGCUAAAGAGGCGAUGCAGGUUAUUCCACCGAGACCAGACACACCUGAAAUGUUCAAGGCGGCCCUGAAGGUGUCACAGCAGGUGGGAAUAGAGGGAACCUUCACCAAACUGAGGAAAACCUACCAACCAUCUGAGGGCCCAGCAGAGGCUCCUCCCUCCCUCUCUCCAGCCCCCCCUCCCUCUCCGAUGCACCGCCGCUCUCCGGUUCCUCUCUCCGCGGUCCGUGACGACGACGACGCCGUGUCGGAGAGCGCCGACAGCUCGCUGAUCAUCAGGAUGACGCCACGACAGCGAGGAGAGGAGCUGCUCAGCGUGGAGGUGACGCCCGGAGAAGGAGCUGAAGGAAAGAUGCAGGAAAAAGGGAAUUAA